UUCCGGAUUUUGUAAACUUCACACAUUUCGGGGGAAGGAAGCAAGUUGUGAAUUCCACAAGGUGGACCGCCGAGUAGAAGGUGACGGCAGCGCUAGCGAGAGAGACGAAUAUCAUUAAUAUAUGUCAUUCAUAUAUAGGACUGUAUAUGAAAACGCAGAUUUCCUAGGGGAUCCUGGAAACUGGGAAGCUCUGAUAUUAACUUGGAACUUACUAAAACACUGAAAUCUCUCUGCAUGUCUUCUUCAUUUCUUUCUCGUCUGCAAGAAAGGAGACCCUACAAAGACCAUUCAUCAAAAGAACUACAGUGGAAGCAUUCAGCUGGGCAUAAUUCAGACAAACUGAAAAAUGAGGGCCUGCAGACUGGUUGGAAACAUUCUCAUCUCUUUAGGAAAUUGGAACACCUACAUGUUCCUGGGUAUCUACAACACGGGCUUUUUGACCUAAAAAGUACAGAACCCCAGUGGGAGGUAGAGAGGAGGAGAAGACUAUUUCGGGAAGCUGAUCUGGUAGAGAAACAUCUAAAAGAGGGUUACCAACAGGAGGCACUGUUGUUGCAUUCUUCACUGAAGAAUUUGAAGCACCAGUAUCUCAUCCAGCAGAAGGACCUGGAGCUGCGCUUAUCUGAGGCAGAGCUUGAAAGGGACUGGGCGAAGCAGCAGAGUUUGGCUGCAUAUUCAGAACAUGAAGUUUUGCUACAAGAGCACCAUGCUUUGCUGAGGGAACUGAGGAACGUACGAGAAAGACUUGAGCAAGAAGAGGCUUGGUAUGGGCAUGAUGAACCAGUUUCAGAUAGAACCAACUGGAAAGGAGUGCAACAAAGUCCCUGGUGGUAUAGAUAGUGAAAUUGAUAUGGACUGCCCUUUGAAUUAGCUGAAUUGAUACUGAUAUAAAGUGUUUUUAGAGAUACUUCUCAAGCCAAACAGUAUCCUGCAAUCUUAUAGCAAAACCACUCUUACUUACCCUGGCAAUACCAGAGCAGAAUCUGUAGAUUAGUAUCUUUAUUGUUACUUUUCAUAAGAACAAGAUCAUUCUUAUUUGUUAAUAAAGCAGACACACAUAUAAUAUAUAUACUAGAUAGAUAGAUAGAUAGAUACUUUAUUAAUCCCAAUGGGAAAUUCACAAGGUUCCAAAUAUACAUUUUACAACAACAAAUACAAGACAGAGUGCAUGGCUUAAUGCUGUACCUAAUAAGAUACUUGUCUUUCAGCUGUCCUUCAGUACUGAAGUCAGAGUUAAUCUUAAGUAAGAUUUAUACAUGGGCUCACACAUGACAGCUCAGUUUUCUCAGCUUUUGGAAUCCACAUACUAUUGGUGAAGUUUUUCAAACUGUUCACAAGAAUAUCACGCUACAUGGCUUUUUCAAUGUCCUUGAUAAGCCCUUUAUUUGAUGACAGUCAGGAAUGGGCUGGAUGAGGCACAGAGAUUCCCAGGUAGAUCAAAGCAUAUGGAAGGUGCUUUCUCCAUAACCAUAAGCAAGUUGCUGAGCAACACAUACUUUUUAUUCAGUAAACAUUAGACCUGACAUACUAUACAAAACAAACAUUAACAACACUGAGGCUGCAAGACGCAAUAUGUCAUAAUCUUAAACACAAAGAUUAAGGAAGUUCUCAAGUCUAGUUCUUUACCUUAUACAUAUGUGAGUUCAGACCCUAUCCAUCAAACCUAACCCAGAUUUAGAGACACCAGUGGCUGUAAACAUUGAAAGUGUAUAAUUACAGCAUAAUAAGGGAGCGGACAAGGAAAUAAAGUAAAUUUACACACAAACAAACAUAUGAUCCAGCUUGCUUUUUGUAAAAAAGCAAAGCACCCCAACUAUUUAAGGGAGCAGCUGCCCGGUGUUUUCCCUCACACACUUUCAUUUAUUCAUUCUUUUCCUAGUCUUUUCUAAAUCACAUUCCUCUGAACUAUAAUGCCAGCUUAUUUUCCUUUAAGAGAUUAUUGUUGUCCUAUAUGUUAUUUCUAAGUUCAAAAUUCCAUAUGCACUGGCAGAAGUGCAAAAUGUACAUAUAUAUAUAUAUGUAUAUCAUAUAAUAAGUCUCACUUCUAAAAUAUUGUAAGUUAUUAACAGUAUCAGGAGUCAAGACAUACGUCAGAACUAUUAACACAGACGUGUUUUGGCUUAAGAGCAUAUUAAUCCUCUUUUGAAGGUUAAAAUAUCAAAGCUGCCUUUUCUUGUCAGUGUACAGCAAACUACUCUUCCUUCUCUUUAGAGCAUCUCUUCUGCCACCUAGUACAUCUAAAAAUGCUGUUGUUGUCUAUGAGAUAAAUGUGAAGGUCAUCUAUUAACUUGCCAGUGGAACCUGUUUCAUUUGCAUUCCCAUAACUCCUAAGCACCCAAUGAAUGCUCUGAUAGGGUCCUAUACUCGCGCUAUCAAACUAUUGCUCCCCCCUACCCACAUUACAGUCAUGGCUGACACCUGGGUCAGUUUUCCAAGUGUGUGAAUGUGCUUGUCUGGCCAAUUACAGAUAACCUUUAUUUCUCCUUUAGUAUCAUUCUUCUGUUCUUGUGGGCUGAAACACCAGUAUUUGUUCCAGUUUAACACCUCACUAGAUCUCUGGGUGACAAAAUAAAAAUGUUGUAUCUGUGGAAAAUAAUCAUGAUGCAAUACUGAUGUGUACUGUUACUUAGAAGAUUUUUUAGGCUGUUGUGUUUCAGUAUAUGUUUUCAAUUGUUAGGCUUGAUAACUGUACUCAUCUCUCUGAUACUAAUGGGUUAAAUCUUGUACCACAGAGGCUGUCUUAUUAAUUUAUGUUUUCUAUUGCUGUUGUUCGAUCUUGUAUCUGUAUUUGUGAUGCUGCAUAUUAAGCUCUCAAGAAAUGUUAAUAAAAUAAAAGUAUUACUAUGCUCCUUUA